GGUCCACGCCUUUUACACACACUGUGUGAAUAGAAUGCAUUGAUUGUGUAUUGGAUGUACUGGUGCCUGGUAACGUUAUGCUAUGACAUGAAUGCAGUGAACCAGCAGCUGUGCUCUUGCGGGGACUGAUUCUAGAUAUCAUUAAGCUCAUGGUAGGCUCUUUAGCAGUCAAUGUGCACUAAUGAUGCACUACUCAAACUGGCUUAUUGGCGUGAAAAACAGGGCAAGCCUUCGAAAUGCAUGCAAAACACCACCUAACACCGACUGGAACAACAGGGGAAUUGUUGUGGACGUGAAGAACAACAAUCCGCAGCCUAAUGAAAAAACAUCCGAGCUAACGGUCACCACCCACCUCUGGAAAAAAGGCUACAAAAUAAUCAAGAAAAUUGGGGAGGGCACAUUUUCAGAGGUGGUGAAAACUCAGAGCCUGAAAGAUGGGAAGUUCUACGCAUGUAAAAAAAUGAAGCAGACAAUUAACAGUCUGGAGCAGGCCAACAAUCUGCGGGAAGUCCAGGCAAUGAAGAGAUUGAGCCCUCAUGCAAAUAUCAUUCAGCUACACGAACUGAUUUUUGACAAAGAAACUGGAACUGUGUCUUUGAUUUGUGAGCUGAUGGAGAUGAACAUCUAUGAGUUCAUACAAGGAAGACAAACUCCACUGCCUGACCAUACAGUGAAGAAUUACAUGUACCAGCUGUGCAAGUCACUUGACCACAUGCACAGCUGUGGGAUCUUUCACAGAGAUGUGAAGCCUGAGAACAUUCUCAUCAAACAAAAUGUUCUGAAGCUUGGGGACUUUGGCUCAUGUCGGAGUGUGUACUCCAAGCCCCCACACACAGAGUACAUCUCCACACGCUGGUACAGAGCCCCAGAGUGCCUCCUGACUGAUGGGUAUUACAGCUUAAAGAUGGACAUCUGGAGUGCUGGUUGUGUCUUCUUUGAAAUCAUGAGCUUGAAUCCCCUCUUCCCUGGAUCAAAUGAGUUGGACCAGGUUGCCAAGAUCCAUGAUGUGUUGGGGACGCCAGAUCAAAGUCUUCUCCAAAAGUUCAAGCAGUCUAGAGCAAUGCAGUUCAACUUUCCUCCAAAAAAGGGCACCGGAAUUUCACGAUUAAUCCCAAACUGCCCAGCCCCGGCUUUGUCACUGCUGUAUCAGAUGCUCGCCUAUGACUCUGAUGAACGCAUCACUGCAGAAACAGCCCUGCGGCACACAUACUUCAGGGAAAUCAGGCUGGCAGAGAAGAAAGCUGACACUCUUCACAGAGUUUCUGGGACUAUGGAUGUAGUAGAGAGUAGUGUAACGCCCAGCUCCUUAGAGCAAAUCUGGCGUUCAACCAGACUUGGCAAACAGCUGAGGGGAAGAUAUACAAGGCAAACACCUUUAAUGCGUCACAUGAAGCAUGUAGCAGAGCCACUUGUCAGACGGAACGUCCCUCAUUAUCCCACAGAGCUGCCCAAACUCAACAUGGUUGUACCAGGACCACAGAUCUCCUUCCCAGUCCCCACUAUGCCAGCUUUCACUGUCACCCACCGAGGCACACUGCCAGCCAUUACAUCGAAAAAGUGCCAGUCACAGUUGGCCAAGCCCCGGGAUGAGUCACACCGAGCAGCUUUCAAGACCUACUACAUGCCACCUCUGGAUAGGAAACAAGGGGGCUACUGAGAGGCAAAAACACUUCUUUUGAUUUAAAACCACUUCUUACUGUACUUAUAAACAGAUUGUUGAGAGGACAAUGUUUUGACAGGCCUGAUGUUGAAAUCUGUAAAACAACGAAAAGAUAUUUGAUAAAAAAAAAAAAAAAUGCAAUGAAGACCGCAGACUCUGUCAGCUUACUAGUUAUAACUUCUACACCAAACUGUUGAAUCGUCAUGGUAAUGACGAAAUUCAGUGUCUACACAAACAAUGAUAGAUUCAGUCAUAUUAUGUUGGAUUGGGAAUGUGUAGUUUAGUUAUGACCUCUGUUUUACUUGACCUAGUCAGGUGUUACAUGUUUACAACUGUUGAGAAAUAUAUACUUCAAUCUGAGCCUAUUACACAAGCUAAGCAAUAAGAUAUUUGACAAGUUACCAGGCUGUUUACCAGAGGUGAAUUAAAUGGUGUAACUUUUUAGACAAGGAAUAUGAUCAACUAACUGGGAAAUAAUACAGUGGCUUUAAAAAGUUGUCACACCCUAUGAACUUGUUACAGUUGUAUUAUUUUACAACUUUGAAUCACAAAUGAUUAGCUAAGCUUUUGAAUCUAAUCAACAAAAAUACUAUAAUGUCGCAGUAAAAACAGGUCUCGACAAAUUGAUCUACAAUAAAUGUAGAAAAACACAAAAUAUGUGCAAGUAUUCACAGAAUACUCUCAGAAGUUAGAGGAAGUUACAAUUUUUUUUUUUAAAUACUACACACAGCUGUGAUUCAAAGUUGUAAAGCAAUAAAACACGAAAAACUCCAAGGUCGGGGUUGGUGCUGUAUAUUGAGAAAGUGAAUCACUUCCUUGGAACAAACUCAUUUGAGGGGCAGAAGUCUUCCUGUACAAAAGUAAACAGCGAAACUAUUCACAUUAAUUGCUUCACAAUUACUCUAUGCCACAAAACUGCCAUUGGAGAAGUAAUUUAAAGGCACAUUUCACGGUCGACCUGUAAAUAAAAUAAACAGGCCCACAUGGACUGCAACACAUUCAGUUGGAACAAUGAAUAACAUAAAAUGUCUUUACUUUUAGAUCAAUUAUGUGGGUAAAAACAAUGGGCAAAGAUUGCAGACUGGGCCUUUAAAAGACCCAAAUCAGAUUUUUUUUUUUAUUGCUAUGUUCAGAAUGUAGCUUGACAAGUACCCUCAUAUCCCCUUCAUUUAAAAUAUUGUGGCUUAAAAAUGUACUUUCAUUCAGAGCUGUGAGCUCAUUAAAAUGGACUGUGACUCAAUCUGCACCUUAUGGUGCUGGUUUUUGUGAUGCAUAAUAAGAGUAAAAAAAUUGUUGAGUAUCA